AGCCCUACUUUCUUCCUAGCCACGUCCACCCCUAAACUUAAAAUUAAUAAACCUAACAUUAGAGAUAAGCCCGCUUCAUUCUGUCCAAAUUAAGCUCUUAAAAUCCUAAACGACGCACAAAUUAUAAAUAUAAUUGAUUAAUUAAUCAAAAAACCCCAUACCAAAUAAUUCGGUUUCCUGGUCUCGGCCCUCACCACCCCUUCCUUUCUUCUUGCUUUGCUUCCUCGGCCGAUCGCUGCGCGCUCCGUCCCUGCCCGCAUACCGGUGGUUUCCGGAUCCCAUCGCCGCUAUGAACUCCUUCACCGGAAACACCUCCCAGCGCGGCCGGUCCUCCUCUGCCGCCUUCGGCGCCUCCUUCGACUCCUACCAGUUCGACUUCGGCGUCGCCGCUGGCCGAAGCUCUGCCUCCCGCCCCCUCCGCGACCAGAAUCCUAACCCGUCCCCCGCCCCAUCUGCCGCCGCGCCCCGGCCCACUGCCCCCUUCACCAACCAGCCGGCCCGGCCCUCGUGGACCCACCAGCCCGCCGCCUCGGCCGCCUCCACCGCCCCUAGAUCUGGCGUCGCCAACCCACCGCCCUCCAUGGUCGGCGACAUCUUCGGCAAGAGCUGGACCUCCGCCGCCCCCACCUCGUCCCGCAUCGGCAUCCCCGCAAACAACCCCAAUCUCUUCAGCGAUCUCGUUGGAUCCGCCCUUGGCCACGGCCGCUCCGCCACCAGCAACGUCCCCCUCAAGGCUGCCGCCCCCAGUAACGCCUUCUCCAUGGGUAAUUUAUCCAAUUCUCUCCCCAAACCCACCGUCACCACCGCCACAGCUUCCUCCAACUCCCAUAAUGCCCCGAUGAGACCCUCCACCUUGGGUUCGGUGGAUGAUCUUGGGAAUUUCUCAUCUUUGAAUCAGUCCGGCAGUAAGAUCGGGACUCCCCUGGGCGGCGGGCAACCGAUGAAGUCAUCAACUGGGGGGCCGCCAAUGAAUGCUAAAAGGGAUCCCUUUGGAUCAUUGAUGGACUUCGGAUCGAAAAAUUCUGCCAACCAACCAAUAUCGUCGGCAAAAUCCUCCAAAAUGAGCAGCAGCGGUGGUGGCGAUGACUCUUUCGGGGCAUUCCAGAAUGCCAAUUCGACAAAAAUGGAUGAUUUUGGAGCACCGGCUCCGAACUUUUCGGCUCCCCCGCCAUCACAACAGCCUACUCCUUCCAAAGGUGGGGCGGAUCCGAUGGAUAUGUUCUUCUCCUCGUCCGCCUCAUAUGCCCCUGGUGCCGGAGCUGCUCCAGAGGUACCUGGAAGCCAGCCAUUCUCGGAGGCGAAUGAUUGGGACUUGGGCGCCGAGUUUGGGGGGCAUGAUGAUGAUGAGACGACCACCGAGCUUGAAGACCUUCCGCCACCUCCUGCCGGGGUCACGCUUUCAGCAGCCAAAAAUAAAGGAUUGGAUAAUUACAAGCAGGGGCAGUUCGCCGAUGCCAUCAAGUGGCUUUCUUGGGCAGCUGUGCUUAUAGAAAAAUCUGGGAAAAAUGAUGCUACCACUGAGGUCUUGUCCUGCAGGGCUUCUUGUUAUAAGGAAGUUGGCGAGUAUAAGAAGGCCAUUGCCGACUGUUCAAAGGUAUU